GCACCAGGGAUUCCCAGUCUUUUGAUGUCCGCGGACUGCUUUUAUCUUGCAUAAAAUUCCAGGAACAAGAACACCCUACGAAUUUCACAUUAUGAUCAAAAAUUCCAUUUGGAAAUCAACGUUUUAACAUCGAAGUCCACCAGAUUGUACCCCUGCAGUUAUCCACAAUAAGUAUAUACAACAAUUUACAAGAAGACUUAAUUUAUGAAAUAAACAACCAAGGAAUACAGUAUCACGAAAAGAAGAUGGGCAUGGUCUAUAUUCAUCCUAUCCGCCUACUGCACGUAAUAAUAAUAAUUAUUAUUAUUAUUACUAUUAUUAUAAACAGUGUUGUUGUUAUUAUACAUCGCGACCCUGUACCGGAUACUGUAUAAGAAGAUGGAUUUCGGUUUUCGUAUUCAUAGUUUACGGGCGUAUUCAUACACCCACGUGUGUAUGGCGCAGUUUCGCCGCGGCGGGGGCUCGCUCGUCCCCCGGCUGCCGUAGCGAUGACGCGACGCCGAUAACCUGCAUCGUGACGGUCAGACACGCUCUCAUUUGGCGACGUCAGGCCUUGUCCCCAGUCAUGCGUAUUGGGCUUGUUAUCGGGUUGGUUGUUAUGAGUGAACGAGGCCUCGGACUAAAUUAGGAGAGAAACCCCCCCCACCCCCCUCCCCUCCACCGCUGCUGCCCCGGGACAUCCGCCAUGGAGGGCAUGGAUUUAGAUCUGGACCCGGAGCUCAUGCAGAAAUUCAGCUGUAUGGGAACUACCGACAAAGACGUCCUCAUCUCCGAAUUCCAGAGGUUACUGGGCUUUCAGCUCAAUCCUGCCGGCUGCGCCUUCUUCCUGGAUAUGACCAACUGGAACCUGCAGGCAGCCGUUGGGGCGUAUUACGAUUUUGAGAGCCCAAACAUAAAUGCCCCAUCAAUGUCGUUUGUGGAAGAUGUCACAAUCGGGGAGGGGGAGUCCGUCCCCCCCGACACACAGUUCACAAAGACGUGGAGGAUACAAAACACAGAUGUGAUCUGGGUGAUCCUGAGCGUGGAGGUGGGCGGGCUCCUGGGCGUCACGCAGCAGCUGUCCUGCUUCGAGACCGAGUUCAACACCCAGCCGCAUCGUACCGUGGAGGGUGACUUCAACCCCUUUGCCUCACCGCAGAAGAGCCGGCGCGAUUCUGCCGACGAGCUGCUCAAGGGCCCAGCUGACCACAUCCAGCAGGACCGAAACGGGCUGUCCCAUAGUGCUGUAAACAUCACGCCAAAUGGUCUCCAGAGCAACUUAUCGGUAGUGACUUAUGGCCAGGGUUUUCAUGGCCCCUACCCUUUUGGACAGUCUUAAAGGCUGGUAAUCAUCUUGGCUGACCAAAGCUGAGGUAUUGACCUUUCAGUGGGUGGGUGCUCACCCCUGUGCUUGGGGGGCCCCCUCCCUGAACCACUAUCCCCCUCCCCCCUCCCAACCAAACCAUUGACGGAACCUGAAGACGAGCCUGCUGUGGUCCAUCCCCUGCGAGGGUCCGCCUGCGUGAGUGCUGGGGGGUACGCAGACACAUGUCACAGGCGGUAAUGGGAAGCGUGGCAUGGGGUGGGGGGGGGGGGGGGCAAGCAGAUACUUAAUUUGCCCUUUGAGAAACCAAUAAUUUUUUAAAUGAAUGUUUUAAUGUAUUGAAUCUUAUCACUGCUCUUUAUAUAUUUUGAUAAUAAUUGCACAGUGUAUACUAUUUGGGGCAGGCAGGACCAUGAGUGCUGUGUAAGGUAUUCUGCAGACUCAUGCGACCUUUAUUUUGGAUGAUGUCAUAAUUGGAUCCCUUAUUGGUAUUAUCUUUAAAAAUGGCAUAUGCACUGCUAGUACUUAAAUGCCUAUGGAAGGUUAAGGCAAAUUAAACUGUCAAAGUUCAACGGGGAAUAGUAUUGAUCCAAAAGCGGAACUGGUCUGACUGGUGAUGGAGCUGACCAGGGAAACCUCAAUGUGUUUUCCCCACAAACGCAUCCCAGACCACUUCCUGCCGGUCUGCUGAACCGGUUGGCUUUUAUGAGGGGGGGGGGAGGGGCUUUGUCGCAGUUCAUACGGUGCUGUAUCUGCAGCUGCAGAAGUUUACAUGCGAUCACAUUGCACUCAAGUGGGGAAGGACUCCUUGAUGUUGGCGCCACCGUCAGUCUGACAGACGUCAGCGUUUCCUGCGUAGAGGAAGUCCUCGCUUUUGCGAGCGCAGUGAGUAGCCUGCAGAGUUUUCCUGCCUGGCCUGGCUAGUCUUUGGCGCGCAGUUUAGGGUAACACCAGGCUGCGCCGGUUCCUCAAUUCCUUGGUAAAGAUCUGUGGUGUGGCGCCUUCUGGGAAAUGACUGCGGGUCUCGUACGCCGGAUGGCGGGAGCCAGAAGCCAGACCAGGAACGCGAGAGCAGUCCAAAGAUCACCCGACUUGAACACAGUAGCUCACUGACUGGCGAGCUGAAGGCCGUGCAGCCAGUCAGGUGCUAAUGCUGGCAUCUCAUCCUCGCAAGCACCACUCAUCCAAGCGCUUUUCUGUAAAUAGUAGUUCUGUUUGUUUGGUUUGAAAGGUAAUUUGAGAUUGCGAAUGAUAAUUUCUUUUCUUAUUACACUCUGAAGGUCCCGUGAGAGGUGUAACCUACAGUGUGCAUUACUACAGAGUGAAGUAGUGAGUGUGACAUGCAAGUUGGAAUCCUUUUAAAUUCAGCACCAGCUUUUAGAGAUGUUAUAAAUUAUUCCAGAAUUUAUAAUAAUAAUAUUCAUUAUAAGCCAUAUCCAAGUUGUAUUACCGUUAAAACUGAGGCUUAGUUUUCUGUUCCACCCUCAGCUUCAAUACGUGCCGUAACUAAGAAAUCAAAAAUAUGUUUAGUGUACCAGAGUUGAACAUGCUCUCCAUUUAACUUCUUGUGAAAAAUAUUGUAAUCCACAUUCUUGCAUUUAGCUUCUGUGUGGCACAGCUGCACUUGUACUAACUUCUUCAUUUGCAUCUACAAGCUGUGCUAUAUUCAUCCCAAAGAGUAUACACUGGCCUUCCGGAUCUUAUAGUUUGUUUUUUUUUUCUCUUUUCAUUUCACCAAAUUGCAAACUGCAAACUAACUGCAAAUUGUUUGACUCCUUGCCUAGUGUCUGUAUUUAAUAAACCCCCUUCCCCCCACCCAAAUGUUCUCUGGGUCACCAUGGCUGAGCUACAAUGGAAGAACUAGAUGGGAUGAUAAAAGUUGCUGCGGGGUUUGAGUGGGGGGUAUUUCUGAGCAAAGCAAUGUGAUUCUACAUGUCUGUAAAGAUGAAUGUUGUAUGAUUCAUUUAACACUGAAAUGACUACAAAUGUACAUGGAUCAUCGACCUGCCUGUUUUUUUGCUUGUGUGUCCAUUUGGGGAGUAUGAUUAUUUACAGUGUGUGUAAUGGUAUAUGAAGAUUAAAAUAUUUAUGCAUUUCA